AUGGCCAAGGGAGAGCCCCUCGCUGGCGGGAGCUGGCCGGGCAGGCCGACGCAAGAAGAGAUCGAGGCGAAGCGCGCUGCGCGUGCUGUCAAGCGCACUGCAGAGCAAGCGCUCCAAGCAGCCAAGGAAGAGACACUGCGAGCGGCGCUGCUCGGCCAAGGUCCGGAUGACGGCCCGGAACUUUUGAGCAAAGAUGAAAGCGGAAGACAAUUGUUUUUUCCACGAAGAUGGUCGCAUACAGGGCCUGAAGAAAGCAAGGGGGGAAUUCGCAUCUUGAGCUGGAAUAUGCUAGCUCAGGGCUUGGUGCGACGGAAGCUAUUUCCUGGAUCAGACUGCUUAAAAAUGGCCGACCGCUCUCCCGGCCUCAGUGCUGAGCUGCUGGCGCAUCGUUUCGACAUUGGCUGCUUCCAAGAAGUCGAUCGGACCGACAUUCAUUUUGCUACGCUGGAGAAAGGGAAGUUCGCCUAUGUCUAUGAAAAGGGAUACAGCGUAAAGCAGCAUGGCCUCAUGAUUUCUUGGAGGACUGUACCAAGGCGUCUCCGGACCUCUCCCUCCCCUCAAGCGGAGCACGAGGCGUCUGGAUGGUCUUCUUCCUUCGAAAGAGAGCCACUAGCGACCAAAAUUGCCUUUCUCGACGAUCUUGACGUGACCCCCUACCUUUCUUCAACCUCAAGAGCUAAACGAGAAACGCUCGGCCCACACGCAAGAAGGGCAGGGUCCAGGCAAACGCGCAACAUUGCUCUCUUCGUCGCUCUACGUGUAGCCGCGGGUGCAGGGUCACAUCCAGAGCAAGGGGAAGCCUCGCAAAUUAGGGCGGGAGGAGGUUGUCGCGGCGUGAUCGUCGCGACCACUCAUCUGUUUUGGCACCCGAUGCAUGCCUACGAACGGGUACGCCAGGCUGGCCUCGUCCUUCGAGAGCUCGAUGCAUUUCGGAAAAGUCAACCAGAAUGGCAGGGCUGGCCUGUGAUCCUUGCCGGUGACUUCAACGACCAGCCGCACAGUGCAACGUACCACUUCUUGACCGGAAGCAAGCUUACUUCGCAUUGCGAAACAGAGAUCACAGCCAGCAGUGUGAUACAUCAGACGAUCGACGCGAGGGCAGAACGGGAGGCAACGGACAUCGAGCAUGCUGGAAUCAAGCAGACAAACGCGCCGGUGUCAACGCCUGACGGUCACGAGGAAGGUGAAGGAGGGGAAGCUGCAGACGAAGAAGAGGCUGGUGCCGAUGAUCAAGUCCGCAAGAACUGUCGUACAGCUUUGCAGAAAGACGGACUGCUGUGCCUAGAAGAGUUUCACGAACUAUAUGGUGUCAACGGCCCAAGAGCACUAAGCACGUAUGGUGUCUACAAUCAGGAUACGGGCAACUUUUUCGGUACUCCAGGGCGAGGAAGAGAACGUUGGGACGAGCACUGGACGCCAGAGACGCCUAAUCUGCACGAGGGACCCAGUCGGGAACCAAUGUGGACAAUUUUCUCCUCCCUUUUCAGCCUCACACUCGAUUACAUUUUCCUACUGCCCACUAGCCGUGUAGAUGGGAAGGCCCCAGAGAUGUAUCCCAGAGUUCUGUCGUUGCUGCCCACGCAUCGAACGCACGUAUUGCAACCAGGCAUACCUCGCAAAAGCGUAUGCUGCUCUGAUCACAUCGCGAUCGGUGCAGAGAUCGACCCUCAGGACUAUCUAAUGAAGGCGCAGGUAGCUGGCACCAAAAGCGGACAACCAUAG